CAUGGAGAUGAAAAUGAAGGCAAAGAAAGAACAGUUUAAACAAUGCAAGGAGAACCCCUCCCUGAUAAUGUUCCACUGCAAAAACUGCAAAGAUCCAAAAUGCUCAGGAGAUGACAUUCAAGUUAUUUUAAAUAUGCAUCAUGUCAAUGUAAAAAAGGAAUUUGCGAACCUUUAUAUCGUAAGGGAAAAUAAGACACUGCGAGCAAAAGAAGCAGAUUAUCAAACAAACGGGGACAUUAUCUGUAGAAAUUGUGGCCAGAUAUGGGGAACUAUGAUGGUAUACAAAGGUCUAGAUCUUCCUUGCUUAAAAAUAAAAAAUUUUGUGGUAUAUUUCAAAGAUAAGAAAUGCACCUCAAAAAACAUAUACAAAAAAUGGGGAGAACUAGCCAUUAACUUUCCAGCUUUCAGUUAUGCAGAUCAUUAUAUUUCUAGUGAAGAAGAUUAAGAAGGCUGAGAGACUCUAAAGACAGAUGGGAACUUUUUCCGCCUUCAGAUUUCAAAAGACUAAUUUAAAGACAUAUUUUUCUUAUGCCUCAAUGACUGCAGAUAUUGUGCAAAAACUUUCCAUUUUUUUUCAUAUCAUUCAGGCUUCUGUAUUUCUGAAUAGAGACAGUUCAGAUCUUAGUCACUGUGUGAAAAGAAAAAAAGGAGUUCCUGGGGCUACAUCUCUAACCAGGAUGUAAAAUGAUUCAGUGUGAGAAUUUACCUUUUACUUUAAUGGGAUGCAUAGGAUACAAAAGCCAUACCAAUAUAGAAUUAUUUUAUUAAAUUGCAUAAAAGAUCAGAAAAAUGUUUUAUUUUGUAAGUCAAGGACUACCUGUCACUUUAGGAAAAUUCUUACAGAAUUAUAAUGUCAAUGCUGCUAACAUCAGAUGUUCUUGCUUGACAUUAUAUGAAGAUGCAGACAUUUUCUAUUUAACCUGUGUAUUACUUUUAGAGUUAAAAUUAG